UUACACGAAUGGUUUCUGAUUUUGUGUAUCUUUUGUUGGCAGAUUAGUGCUGUUCCUGUUUCAGAGCUUUGUCAGCACCGAUUUUUGCUGUAUAACAAGGAUGCUACACAUCACUUGUUUGAAGUAUCUGCUGGACUUGAUUCCCUUGUCUUAGGAGAAGGUCAGAUUCUUGCACAGGUAAAACAAGUAGUUAAAACUGGACAGGGCAUCCCUGGCUUUGAUCGCAAAAUUAGUGGGCUGUUUAAGCAUGCAAUUACAGUUGGAAAACGUGUGAGAACCAAGACAAGUAUUUCCACAGGAUCUGUUUCAGUUAGUUCAGCUGCCGUGGAACUUGCUUUAAUGAAACUUCCAGAAUCUUCUCAUGCUACUGCAAGAAUGUUGGUUGUUGGAGCUGGCAAGAUGGGAAAACUUGUGAUCAAACAUUUGGCUGCGAAAGGUUGCACGAAAAUAGUUGUUGUUAACAGAACCGAGGACAGAGUCUCCGCCAUACGCAAGGAGCUUGAGAAUGUUGAAAUAGUCUACUUGCCUCUCUCCGAAAUGUUAGCACGUGCUGCUGAAGCCGAUGUCAUCUUCACCAGCACUGCUUCUGAAACUCUGCUGUUUUCAAAAGAGCAGGUUCAGGCUCUUCCCCCCGUGAGCUCUCAGAUUGGAGGUCGGAGGCUAUUCAUAGAUAUUUCUGUUCCACGAAAUGUGGGAUCAUGCGUUUCAGAUGUUGAAACUGCACGCGUUUAUAAUGUGGAUGAUCUGAAAGAAAUCGUGGAAGCUAACAAGGAGGACCGGUUGCACAAAGCAAUGGAAGCUCAAGCAAUUAUCGUAGAGGAAGUGAAACAAUUUGAAGCCUGGAAAGACUCCCUCGAAACUGUUCCAACCAUCAAGAAGCUUAGGGCAUAUGCAGAAAGAAUUAGGUCAUCUGAGUUUGACAAGUGUUUGUCUAAGAUGGGCGAUGAUAUCCCGAAGAACAAAAAGAAAGCCAUAUACGAUCUUAGUAUAGGAAUAGUGAACAAACUCCUUCAUGGUCCAAUGCAACAUCUACGAUGUGAUGGAAAUGAGAUUAGGUCUCUAAGUGAGAUACUCGAAAAUAUGCAUGCUCUCAACAGAAUAUUCAGUCUCGACACAGAAAUCUCCGUACUGGAACAGAAGAUACGAGCCAAAAUUGAACAGAAUCAGAAGUGAGCUUCUUGAAUCUACUGCUCCAUAAUACUUUGUUAUUUUCUCUAACUGGAGGAAGAAUUUCCUCCCUCGGUGCUGAUAUUUAGGAUGAAUUUCAUCGAAUUCUUUUUGAGCAUUCCGUUAGUUGUAUGAAUGUAGCCUUUGUCCGGGGACAUUUUCAAGUCCCUCCUGUUUUAGUAAAGAACAGCAGCCAUCAUAGGGAGGGUAUGAAUUUAAAUGGCUAUAAUGAAAGAAGUCUGAAAGUUCUCAGGUGAGUCUUCUUCAAUGUUUUUGUGAUAUUUACUGUAAUUGGCUUGAUUGAAUCGUGCCGGAACUAAUUAUACUAGAUAUUCAAAUUCCUCUCAUUAGUGUUUCCCUCUCUGAAGAAAGGAAGUAUGAUCUGUAUGUUUUUCAUGAAAAUGGAUUCCCUGAGAACUCGAUGGAUUUUUGUUGUUAUAUCUUAUAUGGAAAUAAUGAUUCUAAAUCUA